CACAGACGUCCAUCCUCACACUCGUUCAUGUCACUCAUUCCGCUUCCCACGCCGCUCGCGUAGCGACACACCACCCCGCCCGGAGACAUGUUCCCUUGAGCCACCAUGUUGAGCUUCUUGUCGCUGCCUCCAGCGUUACUCGCCUUCAUCGCCGCCCUUCCACUGCCUACGAAUGCGCAGUACCCGCUUCCGCCCUCAUAUCAAAACAUUCUCAAGUCGCCCAUCGACCCCAAUGUCACUAUCUCAUACAAGCAGCCGUCCAAUGGCACAUGCACUACCGCGUUCGAGACUCAGAAGCAGUAUACGGGAUACAUAGGGAUUCCUCCGUACACCCUCGCUCCGAUACAGCAGAACUAUUCCAUCAACACAUUCUUCUGGUUUGUGGAGGCACGCCAAACACCAGAGUCCGCGCCAUUGACGAUAUGGCUCAACGGAGGACCAGGCUCGAGCAGCCUGUUCGGCAUGUUCAAUGAGUUGGGCCCAUGUGAAGUGGUGCAAAUGGCAGAUGGAUCGUACGGGACGCAGAUGCGGACAUUCGGAUGGGAUCGUAUAUCAAACAUCCUCUUCAUUGAUCAGCCCAACCAGGUUGGUCUAUCUUAUGACACCGCGACAAACGCGUCAUUGAACCUCUACACCAACGAGAUUUUUGAGCCGGCGACCGCGCCAAUUCACGACCUUCCGAGCUAUAUGUACUUGAAUGGGACGUUUGGCACUGCCAAUGAGAAUUCGAAUACACCUUGGGCCACGACUGCCAAUACCAGCGAGAUUGCAGCAGCAGCUACCUGGCAUUUCUUGCAAACAUGGCUUUCAACUUUCUCACAGUACAACCCGGCCACUCGCCCGAACAUCACCACUCCCAAUUCUGACGAGCCCGCUGGAAUUCACCUCUUCACCGAAUCCUAUGGCGGCAAGUACGGUCCGACAUUCGCUUCGUACUUUGAGGAUCAAAACGCAAGGAUUCGCAAGGGAGAACUGUCUGCCAACGAUACCCUGUCGAUCAGAUUGCAGUCGCUCGGCAUUAUGAAUGGACUUGUGGACGAUCUGAUCCAGGACUACUAUUACCCGCUGUUCGCGUUCAACAACACAUACGGAGUCCGCCUCAUUGAUCAAACGACCCAAUUGAACGCGAUCAACAAUUACACUCGGCAAUGUGAGCCCGCGAUUCUGUCGUGCAGGAAUGCAACUCAGGAUCCAUACGGCGACAAUGACGCGACCAACGAGCUGUGCGAAAGCGCGCAGUACAUAUGUAACAACUUAACCGCCCUCGCAUUGGGAGCUGGGUACAACCACUACGACAUUCGACAAGAGUUGCCCAGCCCUGAUCCACCAACAGCUUACGUCGAGUACCUAAACAGUGCAUCUGUGUUGGAAUCAAUCGGAGCGCCGGUAAACUACACUGAGAGCAGCCCAUAUGUGCAGGCUGGUUUCAUCUCCACGGGAGACACUAUCCGUGGUGGCGCUGUCCAGGACUUGGCCGAUCUGCUUAGGCUCGGGGUCCGGGUGGCCUUCAUCUACGGCGACGCGGACUACAUCUGCAAUUGGGUAGGCGGAGAAGCUGUUGCAUAUGCUGUCGCCGGGGCUUUGCCAGAAUAUCCUUCACCAACAGGUGUGGCAUCCACCGGAGCCGGUGUGCCUCCAUCGUAUGCGAGCGGCUUUAACGAGGCCGGUUAUGCGGAGAUCGUGGUCAACGACUCUUAUGUUGGCGGUGCAGUUCGUCAAUUUGCGAAUCUGAGCUUCAGUCGAGUCUACGAUGCCGGCCAUUUUGUGCCAUACUACCAGCCUGAGACCGCAUUCCAAAUCUUUGCGCGCGUCAUCCUGGGCAACGACAUAUCCACGGGUGCGGACAUUGACCUUUCAUCAUUCAUGUCUAACGGCACGGCCAAUGCCACGCACACUAAUGAUGUGUCAGACGCACCAAAGGCAACAUGCUGGGUACGCAACUUUGCAAGUUCAUGUACCGAUGAGGACGAGGAAGAUAUGCGGGCAGGUAAAGGGAUAGUCCAGCACGGAAUCUAUUACAAAAACACGAAAGACAUCACCCUGCCCAAAACCACGGUAGCUGCAGGAAUUCCUGGUCUACCUAUGGUCACCAGCAGCAGUGGGAGCACGAAGAGCAGCGGCAGUACAGUCGCUUUGACGGGAGUCUAUACAGCGACAGGAACGCCUAAGAGUGCGGCGUCGAGAUAUUCAACUCCAGCAGGAAGUGACAUGGCUUUCGGACAAAUCGCUGUCAUUCUUGCGGGUUUGAGUGCUGGCGUGGCUGUCAUGCUGUGAGAACAAUGCGUUUGCUUGAGGAAAUAACAGUACUAGUAUACAGAGACGACGAUUGGUUUUCGCGAAAGAUACCCAAAAGCAAGGUCGGAAUAGAAGAGGAGUUGGAACAUGUUAUAUGGCAUUUGAAAAGUGAUAGAUUACGAGGUUUUAGUGCGAAGCGAUUGUACAUCUACGGAGAGUAGUGGGGUUUGUGUGAAGCGCAGGCAGUCUGUAUAAUAACACAUGGAAGGAUGUCAGCUCAUUCUACUCCCACAAGACAUCAC